GAAUUGUCUAGAUGUACCUACUCUGUGAAUUAUAAUUUUUAAAUAAAAUUUUGGUUUAUUUGUUAAGAGACAACACAAUUUGCUAAAUAUGAAUUUAAAUGAUUGUAUUAUAAAUCAAAGAAAAAACUGCAAAAGCAAAUCCAAGUUUAUUAUUACUAAUAAAGCAGAUCAACAACCACGCCAAGCAGAAGAUUCGACAAUUUCUGUGGAUACCAUAUCUUCAUUGUCAUUACUAAAUAAAAGAUCAGCUAAGAAAUCUUCAACUGUACAUUCGUCAAAAACAAAGUGGGGAAGUGCUUGUGUAAGUGUCCUAAACUCAAGUUCCAGUCGAAAAUCAACAAGUACUAAAACAACGGAUGGAAAUCAAUCAAAGACCAUUGUUGCUUUGACUGAAGGCAGAGGAACGGCACAAUGUGAAGUUGGAAUCGCAGUGAUAACUAUUUCCAGUCCACAGCUGGUCAUUUGUCAAAUAUCGGAUACGCAGAAUUAUAUAAAUACGUUGACGAAAAUAAAUAUUUUUUAUCCCAGCGAGAUUUUGUUUCCAAGCACUUUUGAACAUUUCGGUGGUAACAGAUUAAUAACUAAAGUAAAAGAACAAUUUCCCAAUAUAAGAUAUACCGGUGUACCAAGAAGUCUCUUUAAUAAAAUCAACGGCUUAGAAAUUUUGUCCAAGCUAUGUAUUCCAUCGCUCAAUGGUGUUUUAUUGGUUUUGCAGCAUAGAUAUUACGCUCUGGCAGCUGCGUGUGCCUUGCUAAGUCACCUACAGGAUAAUCUAUACGUAUAUCAUGCAGCGGGAUCGCUAAAAAUUGACUAUCAAGAAUCAGAAGGAUAUGCUUUAAUAGAUGUAUCGACAGCAGAUCGACUGGAAUUAGUUUUUAGUGCAAAACCUGCUCAGGCCAAUAAAUUUUCCAGCCUUUUAGGAAUAUUAGACUGUUGCUAUACGAAAAUUGGUAAAAGAAAACUGCGUUCGUGGAUCCUUCAACCUCCUUCGAGGAUUUCGUACAUUGAAGAAAGGUUGGAUUGCGUCGGGGAAUUAAUGAAGAAUCCUGAAUUAUUGCCUUCUGUUCAGAUUAUGCUGCAAAAGUUAUCAAACGUCGAUGCACUACUGAACGUAGGGACAUUAAUUCCAGAUGAUCCCCAAAAAUGUUCCGUUCGUCAACUAAACUACAUCAUCAAUCUUAACAGUAUAAUAGAUCUAAUAAAUCCCCUGAAAGAAUUACUAUCAGACUUAAAACAGUCGUUCUUUGUAAGGCUUAAGCGAACACUGGACGAUUCUGCUUUCAAGGAAAUCAAAACGAUGGUGCAAGAGGUAGUGAAUGAUUAUGUCCAACCCACGAAAAGUCAAACGAUGCUGCAGCAGAGGUGUUUCGCUAUCAAACCUGGAGUUAACGAGUUGUUGGACGUCGUGAGGAAAGUCUUCACGGAAAGACUCAACGAUAUGAAAGAUUACGUGGAAGAAUUAUCAGACAAAUAUAAUCUUCCACUAACUCUCGGUAACAACCAGAAAAAAGGUUAUCACAUAGUGUUAAAUUUGAAUAAAUCCAAAAGAAAAGAUCUGAAGAAUAGUGAUCUUCCUAACGAAUUUAUAGAAAUCAAUCGAUCGUCAAAUUAUUUUACCAUGAAAACGCCAGAGUUGGUUAAUAUUUCUACACGCGUAGAUGAUAUCAUGGAAGACAUAUUAAAGAUGAGCAACGUAAUAGUGUAUAAUAUGGUGCUAAAUAUUAAAGAUCACAUUUAUGUCUUCCAUACAUUUUGCGAAGAAAUUGCUCAGCUGGACGUUUAUCAAUCGCUAGCCCAAACGAGUUUGGAAAAUCAUUAUAUUCGUCCUAGAUUCGGAGAGUAUACUGAGAUAAAAUUGGGACAACACCCUCUGUUAAAUUUCUUGUUACCUUCUAAACCGACGGCAAAUUCAGUGUUUUGUUCGGAUGAAUAUAACGUUCACGUCAUCACGGGUCCGAACGGAUCAGGAAAAAGCGUUUUUAUUAGACAAGUGAUGCUGCUUCAAAUUAUGGCACAAUUGGGGUGUUAUGUACCUGCAGAGUCAGCCAUAUUUAAACCGGUGAACAAAAUGUUUGCUAGAAUUUAUUUGGGAGAUAAUAUGGAGUAUAGUGCUUCUUCUUUUGUUUUAGAGAUAAAAGAAAUUAAAUACAUAUUGUCGACGAUGACUGAUAAUUCUCUUAUUAUAAUUGACGAAUUAUGUCGAUCUACGGCACUAGAAGAAGGAGUAUCGUUGGCAAUCGCUAUUUUGGAACAUAUGGCAUGUGUUUCGUCGUAUAUUUACAUCACUACCCAUUUUACUACGUUGGCGAAACUGCAUUUGAUGUAUCCUAACCUUAAAACGUGGCAGAUGGAAACGGUUGCUAUCGGUGAGGAUCCAAAAACUUUUAAAUUAGAUUACAAAUAUAGCGUUGUACCUGGAAUAACUACUAUUGGUCGUUAUGGGGUGUACAUAGUAAGAAAAAUUUGGCCGGAUUCUAUCGUUGAUAAAGUUGACAAUCGCUUGGACGUUCUAGAAAAAGAAGAAAAAAAAUCCUUAUUCACUCAGCUAGAUCAAAAAUUCGUUCUAAAGUAUAAUGUGGAAAGUGAAUUUAAAUAUUUAAAAAGACGUAAACUGUUAUCUGCCUCGAAAAUUCACCAAUUACUAUUCCAGUAUGAAGUAGACUUAAGCUAUAUAGGAGCUUUAAAUGAUGACCCAUAUACUCCUCCCACUUCAAGUCAACAAUGUAAUGAACCAGAAAAUGAAGAGGGAAAUGACGAAAUCAACAAUUUGGAGCAUGAUAUACCAAACAUCAUGACCACCCAAGAAUACUUACAAGAAGAAGCAAGAUUGGAGAAUAUUUUUACUCCUCAAAAUCAAGCAAGCCGGUACGAACUAUUAUCACCUCAGAUGCUUAAUCUUUCAGAACGAAGCUUUCCAAACAGUUUACACUCCAAAUUUUCUUUUAAUUCAGAUCAAUUAGACAUUCUUAGUCCAAUCGUUACCAUAAAUGAACUCGACGUAUUUCCACAAGCUCUCGAAAGAUCAAUUAUAUCCAAUUUUGACAUGCCUCCUUUGUGCCAAGAACGAACAAAUUUUUUCCCUAUCUAUACUUCAUCUAUGUAUCAACAAGAACAAAGUGUACUGCACUCUUCCCAUCCGUUUGAGUAUAAAAAAUCGCCGAAUUUUCAAAUGCCGAUGUUGUCUCAACGUGAUGUCCCUUCGACCAUUGAACAAACACUUUCUUUCCACUCGCUAAAUAAAUCUUUAAGAUCCCAACAACCUGUAGCAUAUUUUAGUGGAGCUGAACGAAGCCAAGGGUCACCACCACCAGCGAAUUCUGCGGUGUGGUCUCAGUCAACCCAUCCAUUAGAUCUGUCUUCGAUUGUUUCUGUGGAAGAAUAUAAAUCUAUUUGUGAAGAAUUUCAAAAUGAAAUGAAAGAGGACCAAGAGGUUGAUGUGAAAAUAUCGACGACCACUAACGACCACUUCAAUACCAUUAAAGAAAAAGAUAAGGAGUCGCCUAUGUUCGAUAAUAAAAUGAGCGCUAGAAAUACCUACAAAUAUUACAUUUCUCCGAUAGUUACAAUUAUUGAAGGUCCAAACAACACAACUCCAUCUAUAAGUGACGAUGAAAACGAAACUAACAACUGUAGAAGUGUUAAAACUGACUUAUCAGUCGAUUUAGAUGAUGAAGAUGUUGAUACAAAUGUUAAUGUGACCAAAAAAGAUAUUAAAGUAAAUAUUAUUUCCAACGUUCUUCUUAAUGCACAGAAUGAAAAUAUUAUUGAUAAAAAUGACGUAAACAGUGUUGAUGAAUUGGAUAAAAUGCAGGAUAUGUUCAAGAUUUGCGAGGAAAAUGACUCUGAUGAAAAAAUAGUUAAUGAGUUCAACCAGGAGGAAGAAAAUGUUGCUGCUGCGUUACAAAAUAAAAUAGGAAAACACAUUUCUGAAGAUUUUGAAAAAAUGAAAUUGGAUAAGGAUACAAAAUGUGCGGAAUUGUUGGAUUCAGUCAAUAAUAAAUCUAAUGAUAUCGACGAUUUGAUGUAUUCGAAUUCAAAUUCUCCAAAACGUGAAAAUAGGCAACCAAUGUUACCUCUAUUUCAAGCUCGAAUUACUCUUAGAAAGAAAAAAUGUGCCCCCAAAAGGAAAUCGAAAAAAGAAACAAUUAACGACCAGCUCAAGGGCGUUAAUGAAGCUAAUAAUAAGCUAGAUCUUAUACAAUUAGAAAACGAAGAAUCUAAAUCUAUAUAUGAUGAAAAAGUUGACUUUAAAAACGAGAAAUCUCAAAAAUUGCUCAGUAAAGUCACAAAACGAAGUAUAUGUAGAAGAAGUAAAACUCGUAAGUCCAAAUUUAACGCUCUACCGAUUAAAUCUACAAAUAACUACGAAAUUAUGACAGGAAGACAAGAUCAAGGUGCUUUCAUGAUUCCUGAUGAACUAAUACCUCAGGAAGUUACAAAUAAAACUCAAAAUUACUAUAAUAGUAAUGAGAGCAAUGAAAAAAAGAACAAAAGCGAAUCUUUUGCUAAAGAAUGUUCUUCAAACGUGUGUAUUAUUACUAAGUAUACAUCGAAAGAUGAACAUGACAAAAUACAGGACAUAAUUUCUCAAAAAAUUGUCGAAAAUUUAGAUAACAACAACAGUACGUCCUUGUCGAAUACAUCUCCCUCUCAAAAAAUAAAUUCAAGUGGAAAAAACUUAACAUCUAAAGAAGUUAGUAACAAAAACUCGACAACAAGUAUUUCUGUUGCGUCUAAGUGCAGAAACUUAGAUGAUGCAGCCGAUUUAAGUUCAGAGUCUGCGAAAGAAAAUAACAUAACCAGUGUUUCUAGUGCUUCUAGAAAGAGAAACUUAGAUGGCAAUCCCAGCAACUUAUCUACUAGUGAGAGCUGUGGUAGAUCUGUAAAAUCAAACACAUCUAACAACGCGAAUAGAUUAUUAAACGAAUUAUCAAGGCCAACGUCUGAUAUAACGUUGCAUAAUGCAGAGAAUGAUGAAAUUACAGUAAAUGUGUCUUCUUUGGCGAAUAUUUCAUUUGCUUCUAAAAAAAGAAAUCUCGACGGCACUGGCGAAUCUACCUCAACCAGUAGCGCACAAGGAUCCGCCCAACAACCAAAAAUAAAUAAAAAAUUUGUACCUCCCCGCAAGCUCACCGCCAAACGAAUAAAACAAGAAUUCGACGAACAAGAUCGAAUCUUGCUGGAGAGUGGUUCCAGUAAAUCGCAAUACACUAAAUAUUUGGAACAACGCCUCAAUCGUCCGUCUGUUAGGCAGAUUCAAGACGCUACACACGUGGCAACGUUGCGCAAGACCGUGCGCGGUUUCGAAGUGGUAGCGUCCGAGACGGACAAGUUGAAACCGAAACGAACGAUAUCCAAAACGUUUUCGAAUGAAAGUAUCGACAUGACAAUAUUUAGCGACCAAAACGCCAAGUGUUUCGAACAGUUCAUCAAUUCCAAAGAAACUGAUCUACAGUUUUUUAAUUUUAAUAAACGAAAAGAGGAAAGCAAGAUGCCGUUUUCUUUUAGUAAAUCUUCCGAGAUGUCUACGUUCGAUUAUUUCGUGAAUAAUAGUCAGAAACAAAGUACCGCAAAUCAAAAGACCUUUACUAUGUCCUUGACACCUGACGGAUAUUACAAACAAAACAAAGAUGAUAUGAAUGCCCUUCUGAAAAAAUAUCUAAACCCGUCUCCCGGUGGUAGUAACAGUUCGCAAAAGUCUGUGGGAUUGAAUUUCAAUAUUUUUGGUAAUUCUAAUAUAAGUAAUGAAGAUUUAGAUUUGUAAACUUUAUUAAUUAUAUACAGUGGUGAGUGCUUUAUCAACCGGCUUUUUAACGUAAGAGAUAGAAAACACAGUUACCUUGUGAAAUAAAAAGAGAUGAAACUCGUAGAGGUGGGAAGUAAUCGAUAGAAACCUAUAAUUUACAUUACAUUGCAUUAACACUAUCGAUAGUCUCACACCUUUAGACGUUAGUUCAGCUAAAUCACCUCGGUCAUAAUUAUUAUUUGUGACGUCGUAUGUGUAACGUAUUUCAGUGACAUUUUUUUUAAAUUUGCAUAAAGUAAAAAAUGAUUGACCACAAUUAAAAGCAAAAAUGUGAAUACAAUAAAUUAAUUAUUAGUGAAUAUUUUUUUAAUCUAAGGUUUUAAAUUAAUAACCAAAAAUAAUUUCUAUGAUUUGAGGAGUUUCAUACACUCUUGUCACGGAAAUAAACAUCAGUCCUUUGUGGAUUAGUGGUAAGAAUUCGACACUGCGACGCAGACGAUUAGAGUUCAAAACCCAUAUGUGGUUUUCUUUUUUUUUAAUAAUUUGAAAUUAUGCAGAGAUCGUUUUGAUUUGAAUCACUAAACAUUUAUGUCAGUCGUUACUAGUAUUAGAAGUGUUUAAAGUUACACAUAAAUAUCUUUUUGAAUUUGAAUUAUUUUGUAUUUCCGUUUUAUAACAUUGGAAUAAGAAUAAAUUGUAAAUAAUGAGUUUUUGAAAACUUGUUACCUAAUAUGUAUAAUAUUUUCUAUUAUUUUUUGAUUGAGUAAAACAAAAAUUUUAUCCUUGGUGGGAAUUGAACCCCAAUCUUCUUGUCAGUAGACUACGUGUCUAAUAAUUACACCAACUCCACAUACAAUUAAUGUUUUCGCACAGAACAUACCUACCUUUAGUUUAGUGAAAUAUUUCAGUUGAGUUAUUUUUAUUAUUAAAUAAACUUAAAGAUUUAUAAUUUAAAAUCGCCACUAAUUAAUGUUUUUUACUUUAAUUCUUAAUUUAUUUAAUCAUUUAUUCUUACAUCAGAAAUUAUUAAAAUAAAAUAUUUUCGCGGUCAUCCGUAUAAUUAUGACUGAAGUCAAAUAGCCACGUCUAAGAACUAGCUUUAUCUCAUUCUUUCUCACAAAAUCCAUCUUCUAUCCUUUCCGCUAUUUUGCCUGGUUUUAAAGCGACUUUAAACACUUCUAAUACUAUAAUAACGUCUAAAGGUGUGAGACUAUCGACGGUGGUAAUGUAAUGUAAUGUAAAUUAUAGGUUUCUAUCGAUUAUUUCCCACCUUUACGAGUUUCAUCUCUUUUUAUUUCACAAGGUAACUGUGUUUUCUAUCUCUUACGUUAAAAAGCCGGGCGAUAAAGCACUCACCACUGUAUAUGUAGCGUUAAAGUACUGUAAUCAAAUUGUAGAAAUAUAUUAUGUAAGCCAAAAAACUAGAGUUCACAUUAAAGAAAGUUCAAUC